ACCCGGACUGUCCCGGUCUGUCCAUCAUCCUCACUCUCAUACACACUUGUUACGCGCCAGAGUUAGCCUACUUUUCCUGAUGAGCACCAUGACGGGCAGGGAGGAAGUCGGAGAAGAGAAGCCCAAAGUGAAGAUGUUAUCGCCCGGAUUUGGGAUUGAUAAAUCCCGUUUGCACGGCUCUGGGUUCCGGUCCAAGGGGUUUGCCAUCACGGACCUGUUGGGCCUGGAGUCGGAUCUGCAGUCGCGGCAGCAGCCCGGCGGCCCCCCUGGUCCGGGCCUGUCGGUGACGGGCUCCGGGCCCGGUGCGGAGCCGCAGGGACCCGGCGGCGGCCUCGGUGGGUUCUCCUUCCCGGGAGGAUCGCUGCCGCUCGGCCUCGGCUUCCUGUGCAGCCUGGCGGCGCAGCAGCCCGCUGGAGCGCCCUGCUUCCUGCCGGGACACCUGCCUCUGCUGCAGGCCCGGGCAGACAGCCACUAUCUGCAGAGCCUGGAGGCCCAGAGGGACGCUUACUCCGAUGAGGAUUGUCUAUCUGACCGCAACGAUUCCAAAAGCUCUGCAAACUCUCAGAAGAGGAAGAAAAGGAGACACAGGACUGUGUUCACGUCUCACCAGCUGGAGGAGCUGGAGAAAGCCUUCCAUGAAGCACAUUACCCGGACGUGUACGCCCGAGAAAUGCUCGCCAUGAAGACGGAACUGCCCGAGGACAGAAUACAGGUUUGGUUCCAGAACCGUCGCGCAAAGUGGCGAAAGCGUGAGAAGUGUUGGGGUCGCAGCAGCGUCAUGGCGGAGUACGGUCUGUACGGUGCGAUGGUCCGACACUCCAUCCCGCUGCCAGAAUCAAUCCUCAACUCCGCCAAGAGCGGAAUGAUGGGAUCCUGCGCCCCCUGGCUGCUCGGUGAGCCGCAUACACGAAUGCACAAGAAGUCUCUAGAAAUGUCCAAAAAGUGUUCAAGCCCUCGAGAAUCAGACUCCAACCGUUCAGACUCGUUCUGUGAUGCCCCCGAGCGCCGGGGGAGUGUCGGCGGGCCCUGUGAGUCUCGAAAGACAGAACAAGAGGAGGAGGAGCAGCUCGAUAUGGAGGACGAGGAGAUGGAGGAGGAGGUUGCCAUCGACCUGUCCAGCUCCUCUAAACAGCAGCAACAGCAGGAGGAUGUUGGAGCUUCUUUGAGCUCUGGCACCUCCUCACCACGGCGGCAGAGCAGCAGCGAGUUGGACAAACACAGCUGAAGGGUGGGAGAGAAAAAACUGAUUGGACUGAAAUUGAGGCAGCAGUGUUGAUGGUGGUGGGGGUACAGGGAUUUGAUUGGCUGUUACGAUUGAACAGCUAUGACUUGUUUGUCACUAUGCAAGUUUUUUGGCAUGCUAAUGAAAGGAAGCACACUUAAUAUCAGCAGGGGAAAAUAAUUGAUCAAAAUCGCAUUUUAAGUACUUAAUUUUAAUAGUAGUCUUAAUUUUGAGCUGGUGGACAAUAUCAGUUUCAUCAUGAUUUGUUAAUAAUAGCGAAUAUGCCCAAUAUAUAAUCUAUUAUUAAUAGAAAGAAUGAACACGAAAACAAAUGGUAUGCUUUCAGAGUCUUGGGAUACUUAUGAGCUUCAAUCAACAAGCCGUUACAAACCUCUCCCAUAGCCUCAGUUUGUAUGCUAAGCAGUCUAUUUAUUUAUGAUUUUACAAUGAUAACAAUUAUUUGCUAUUUACCUCAAAAGUAAAGUUGGACUUCGAGUAUGUUAGCAUGCUAGAAAAUAUUAUUAAUUCAAAGGGGUUUUCAGCAAUGAGGCAACGUAACACUGCGACUGCAUCAGUUGGUUGACUUUGACGAAUGGGACUAAAAGUCACCUCUAAAGGACAAGUGCCACAGGAGGAUGUAUAUGAGGAAGUCUCUGUUUGUGUGUUCAUUAUUGUACUGUACUGAGAGUAUGUUGUAUAUCUUUGUUUUUCUGAAAAGAAGAGGCUAUUCAAUGUUUUAGUCCUGUUGGUUUCUGUGUGUUUUAUAGUUUUGAAUCUCUUUUGAGCACUGAUCAACAUGUCUGAAGCUCUGUGGAUGAAUGUAAAUAAAAUGUUAUAUUUAAAAAAACAAUUUAUUAUUAUCAUAUGUAUGUACAUCAGCAGGUGCAGCUGGAUGUGGAAUAAAGUAUUUUUUUGCAAUCA